AUGUAUAAUUGCAUUGAAUUUGUUUGCUUCUUCGGUCGUUGUGGUCAAUUGGGCCAUCCGUCCACUCCCACACUUCGCUUUCACAGGUCCUGUACGUAUUAUGAUCAAUUGGUGGUGUGUGGUUGGUGCUGCGAAUCAUUCGUUCAGAUGGUGCAAGAUUUUGUUGAUGGCCUGAACUGCGUACUGCCCACCGCUGAGGGUCUUGAUAUUUUACUGGAAAUGUGCCAGCAUGCGCAAAAUGUUGCCGGUAUCAUGGAAUUUGCCGAGGAGUUGCUGCCGUUGCUUGUGCUCGUUGAGCGAGUGCUGUUGGAGCGGCGUGUUGAUUGUCUGCCGAGUAUUAUAUCGGCCCAGCUGGCUUAUGUGCUGACCGCGUACAUUUCACAUAACUAUUAUUACUUCUUGUAUUCGCCAAAUGCGCCCAAAAUUGUGGAAGGGUUAGUUGGUCUAUGUAGUCGCAAAAUCGAAGCGAACUGCGAAUUGAUACGUCGUGUGGUGCCACCGUGGAAACCAACAACACACAGUGGCAAUGAUAAGAACAGCUGUGGUGGACAACGAUUUGCAUACAAUGCUAGCACAUUUAAAGAAUUAUUUGACGAACCGAAACGGAUACUCUCAUUCACCGAAUAUCGUCGCUUGCAUGCAAUAAUCGAUGGAACGGACGAUGCACGGUAUAAUUUUGUUGCGGCGUUAGCAGAGAAGCAUUUAGAUUGGUGUGGCGCCAUUCAGGCGCUUUGCUGCUCAAGCCUGCAGGGUGGCGCCUCCGCGUUUCCGGAUUUAUUGCUCGGCAUAAAUGUAGAAGAUUCAACAUGCCACUACAAUAUUGCCACUUUCUACAUGUUGCUGGCUGGACGCAGUUGUUUUAGUAUGAAUGCAUUGAUUUUCAUAUUCUGCGAUGUUAUUUUUUGUUUAGGCAAACUGCCAGAUACGGAUGCCGAAGCGGGUGUUUGUCUUGCGCUUCUUAUACUUGCCGAUAUAAUAUGUCAAAGCGAUCAGCCUAUCAUCCUUUCGACGCAGUACACGGGAGAGCGCAUCAACUGGAGCACUUCUCAGGCUGACCGAUGGAUUUUGACAGGCGGCCAUUUGCAUGAUAUUGGCGAUGAAGUAAGCUCCCUGCUCGUCACCAUUUGCAUGAUUGCCGAUUUCACCAAAAAUAAAUUAAGGGAUCGAUUUUCAGAUGAGUUCGUUUUAAUAAUUUUCGCAGGUGAUGUUUCGUAUGAAUUGAUUUUUUCACAAAACUUCCUCAGUUUUAUCCAAAAAAGAUGA